AGUUUAGAGUAAUUUAUUGUAGUUUCGAUCGUAAACGAUUGUUUUUGUUUAGGCAACGUUCGUGUUAAAGCGCAUCGCAUCUCGUAUCGGAAAGGUUACAAGCGACGAUUUCAGUGUCAAUCAGAACACGAUGCAUUAAACGACGAAUUCGAAAGAAACGGGAUGGAAUGUACUUCUACUGGUCGAGAGUGUUGCGAUCAUGCAGAAAUCAACGAUAUCUCUUCUUUACCCGACCGCGACGCAGGGAGAUGUCUAACGAUAACGAUAAGACAAUCACGGUGGACACGAAAUACGAUUUAUAUCGUUUGGAGAAUGGACCAUUGGAGAAAGCAACGAUAAACGAAAAGGAAGCUAUGUACGCGCUUAAAACGAUGAUAUACAUUAGACGAAUGGAAAAUAAAGCGGCUGAAUUAUACAGAUUACGCUUGAUCAACGGCUUCCUUCAUCUGUAUUCCGGUCAGGAGGCAGUAGCUGUUGGUAUGAAGAUGUCGAUGAAAGAACACGAUAGUCUGAUCACGGCUUAUCGAUGUCACGGUUUCGCUGUGGUGUUUGGUGUGUCGGCACGAGAAGUUUUCGCUGAAUUAAUGGGUCGCAAAACCGGAGUCUCGAGGGGAAAAGGUGGCUCGAUGCACAUGUACGCGAAGCAAUUUUACGGAGGUGACGGUAUCGUUGGUGGUCAGGUACCGAUCGGUGCCGGUCUGGGAUUUGCUGAAAAAUACAAUGGCACCGGUGGAGUGGCGUGGACGUUGUACGGUGAUGGUGCCGCGUCCCAGGGUCAGGUUCACGAAACGUACAAUAUAUCGCAGUUAUGGAAUUUACCAGUGGUGUAUAUAUGUGAAAACAAUCAGUACGGUAUGGGUACGGCGGUACACAGGCAUUCGGCAAACACAAAGUUUUACACGCGAGGAGAUCUGAUUCCAGGAGUGAAGAUGGAAUGAGAGUGGCAGACGUUUGCGAAGCGAUCAAGUUCGCAAGAGAUCAUGCCGUUCGACGCGGUCCGAUCAUUUUAGAAAUGGUCACGUA